AUGUUUUCAUUUUCAGAACAACAAUUUACACAGCCACAUACCAAGUGUAACUAUCGUUCACGGAUAAUCGAGCUUGAUGGAGAAAAUAUCGAACUUCAAAUAUGGCAUGCAUGGAUGCUUUCUCUGGUCGCAACAGGUCGCCAGUAUACAUCUAUCAAAAAAAAAUAUUAUAAUGAUACACAUGGAAUAAUGCUUGUUUAUGAUGUAACAAAUGAAAAAAGUUUUGAAAAUUUAGAAUACUGGAUAAGCCAGAUUAAAGAUAAUGCUCCAGAAGAUGUUGUAAUAAUUCUUCUUGGUUCAAAAUGUGAUUUAAAAAGAAACAGAGAAGUACCAACAGAAAGAGCUGAACAAUUUGCUGAUAAAUAUGGUAUUAAAUUUUUUGAAAUAUCAUCGAAAUUAAAUAUUAAUAUGGAAGAAGUUCUUUACUCAUUUGCGCGAGAUAUUUACACCAAGAUGAAAGAACAAUUAGAGAUAUUAAAGACUUUGCAAAAUGACAGUAGUUGA